GCCUUUUGACCGCUACCUUGAUGCCCUUCGAUGACUCGUAAUGACCGCUUGCAUGGCAUCUUAGUCUAUUUUCUGCACGUAUAAAUGUCCGUGACGCGUUACUCGCACGACCGUCUUUUGCAGUGCACCGCGACAUAUCCGUUGGAGAAGAGGUCUCCGGAGGAGUACCGAUCUUUCGAGAUGCACCCUCGUGCUCUCCAUGUGCUUGUCCUCGCAGUCAUUGCGGUUGUAAGGGCUGGUUGCGAUGAUAAAAUAAAAUGGUAUUCCGGAUUACGAUCCAUGCUCAAGAAUUGUCCAACUGAAUUGCGGAACAGUUCCGGCCAGGACGAAAUUCUGGAAACCUUUAGGCGUUGCGUGCAGCGAAGGAUUGUCGACACUUUGGACGCGCUUCUCGACGAGAACGUCAUCUCGGUGUUUGACGGAAUUGAUUUGGUACGAUUUCAUUUGAGCGAUGAGAACAGCACAGAACACAAAGAUAAUCUUCCCGAUGGAUCGUUCGACGACAUUAGCUGGUCAGAGAUAAUCUGGAACCGAUUGACGCGCGUUCUACGGACUCACGCCUUCAAAGUUGACGUUGAUCACAUAUUCAACACAACGUCGGCUACCAAUAAUACAUCCGAGUCGGAUCCGAAUAGUAAUAUCGUUCAAGGCCGAAGACGUCGACAUCGUCGAAAACAUCAUUUUAUGCCGAUGAUGAUGUUGGGCCUGCUGUUCAUGGGAUCAGUCGUAAUACCAAUGGGCUUUCAGUUUCUCGCUGUGCUAGGCGGCAAGGCAUUGGUUCUCGCCAAAAUGGCUCUUAUAUUGUCCAGUAUACAAGGUCUGAAGAAGAUCGCGACCAGCGGCAUUAAUUAUGGACUAUACCACCAUUCUCCGGAGGCCUGGCACGACAGGAGUCAUCAGGUGUUCCCCGAGGAAGACUACCCGGUAUAUGUGCCUUCGCACCCUUAGCUCUUUCUCGAGUCGCGUUUUUAGAGAGACACGAAACGUACGACGAGGUUCCCGCCCGACGCAUAAAUACAGGCAGCAUAAAUGUCUAAAGGACGUCUCGGAGACGUCUAAGAUAUCUUUCUUGCAUUCGUCUUUUAAAUAUACCUAAGACACAUUUUAGGACCAUACUAAUAUAGUCUUUCUCUCCCUUUCUCUCUGCGUAUAUCAUACAGUGAAUAAUAUAAUGGAAAGUGUGUGUGCAAAUUGACAGCUGACUUUCAAAAACGCCUUUCCGGCCCGGUGAAACACAUUUCUUUUUCCUCUCUUCUGAUCCGCGAACUUUCCGUCAGCACAGGUAUGUGCCUGGUGGUUGAGAUACCCAAUGUGAAAAAAGUUCGAAACUUCUAUAGUGAUCUUUCUCCUUGCCUCUUUGCCUCCAUCAAAGGUAACACGCAAAAAAACAACCGCAAAAGUUUUUAUACUAUCUUUCCCAUAUUUUCGCGACGAUCCGAUAUGUUUGAUGAACAAACCCUCUCCCUCGAGAUUUUCCGCUCGGGGGAAACACACA